AUGACGUCACACUCACCUGUGUGGCCCUUCUGCAGGGCAGCAGCAGCGCCCGGCAGUAGUAGGGGUGCUGACGACACCUGCGCCCUGCCGCCCCUGCUGGCCCAGGCAUUCGCCCUGCGUCUGCUACGCGAGCUGCUCGACCCCCAUGAUUUGCGUCAAAUACGUGUCGUGGACCGCGCUGCUAGGGCAUUCGUCGACACGCACGUCGAGGCUCUGCAGGUCGCCGGCGCUCGCCAGCUGCGCGCGCUCAACUCCGCCGCCGCACACGGCCGCCUGCCGGCUUUGCGGGAGCUCACGUUUGCAACGCGGGUCUACAGCGACUGCUACGAUGUCCCGGACGGCGCGGAGCAUCUCGCUGCAUCGAUCGAGGAGGUGGCGGCACUUGGUGAUGCGCUGCAGUGCCUAACGUCGCUGACGCACCUGCAGUUGCUGCUGCCGGAGGGCAACCCCAGCCUGCAUCCAGCCACGACGGCGCUGGCGCAGCUGCAGGGGCUUCGCCGGCUGGUGGUGGUCAGGGACAGCGAGGACUGCGCCUUUCUGGCAGCCGCCGCGCAGCUGCCAGCGCUCGAGGUGCUUGCGAGCUCUGACACGGGCGGCGAUAUCUUUGCCACCGACACUGUGUUGCGGCGGGCUAAUCGGCCGUGGUUGCAGCUGAAGACCCUGGAGCUGACAGCACUUUCCCUGCACGAAAUCAAGGUGCUGUCGCGCCACCUGACGCCACACGUGCAGCGCCUGCGUCUGAACGCCAGCAGCGAGGGCCUCCGCAGGCGCGACCCCACCGCCAACGACACUUGCGGCCUGCUAAUCCUGCUGUCCGCGCCCUGGGCGCGCCGGCUUCGGGGGGUUGCGCUUUUCAAUUGCCGCCUGGGCGGCAUGAUGCUCACUGGGGCGGCUGGCCUGGACCUCCCCGAGCUGGAGGAGCUGUCGCUGGGCGGCGCCGGGCUUGGGGAUUACGCGGUGGGGGAGCUGCUGGCGGGCCGCAUGCCUGCACUGCGGUCGCUCGAUCUGAGGGGAAACCGCCUGACGGACCGCGGCGUUCCCGCGGUGCUGUCGUCGUGCGGGUGCUUGGAGCGUUUGGAAGAGCUCGAGCUGGGGAGCAACAAGCUGACCGACGCAGGCGUGGCAGCGCUGGCGCGCGCGCCGCUGCAUGCGCUGCGCCGCCUCGGCCUCGCGCGCCAGCGGGGCGCCCCCGGCGGCGGCGGCGGCAGCGCGCUGACGGAUGCGGCGGUCGCCGCGGUGGCAGGCGCGGCGUGGGCGCCGCAGCUUGCUGAGCUGGACCUCUCGAGGAACGAAGGCCUGGGCCGCGACCUGGGUCCAUGGGCGGCGCUCGCGGCGGCGCCGCUCGCGGGCGCUCUGCGGCGGCUCAGCGUUGCGGGAUGCAGCGGCGUGGGCGCGGGUGUUGGGGAGGUGCUGACGGGCGCGGCGUGGCUGAAGCGGCUGCAAAAUCUGGACCUGUUUGGAACAGACGAGGGCGCCCUGCAUGCGCUGCGUGCGUCGGCCGCGUUUGUGUGCCUGGAGGCUGCAGGCGGAGUGCACCUGUGA